AUGCCGUUCUCCCAGGCGGAGGAGGAGGCCGGCGUCGUCCGCGGCAUCGUCGAGCUCUGCAGCCUCGAGAGCCUGAAGAACCAGGAGGUGAACAGGAAUGGGUACAUGGACGGCCUCAAGUUCCCUCGCAAGGCCCUCUUCCGGAAGGGCGUGGCCGGCGACUGGGUGAACCACAUGACGCCGGAGAUGGCGCGCCGCAUGGACGAGAUCGUCGCCGACAAGCUCCGCGCCACGGGGCUCACAUUCCAGUGA